CAUGCGCUCAUGCAGAAAGUUUCUGCUGCGGCUCCAAGGAGGGGGGGCGCCAGGAACAAGACACCUGCCGUAUAAGGGGCUUGACUGACGCACAGCAAGUCGUGGUUCGUGAGCACGGAAAUACGGCUGUAUUCUCAUGUCGUGUCAGAAUUUGUGAUCUCCGGCCUGCUUCUUUUGCCGAUCCUGGCCUGGCACUGCGGCAGCGUGCUCUUCAUGUUACACGCCUCUUCAUCCUUUCUGUCAGUAUUCCAUCACUUACACCUACAUGACUGGCUGGAAUAUCAGGGCUUUGUCAAAAAGGAACAGGGGAGAGGCUCCCACUCGUUGAUGCUCCAGCUCGGAACUUGUCGAGGACCCUUUGUAUUUAACUGAGUGGUUGCCGCUUCCAUAUCGCCUCCUUACCGGCUGUUGAGUUUGUUAGUCCGAUUGGGUGCUGAUAUGUGGAAUUUAUAGAUACGGUCUUUCAGUGAUCCACAAAUCAAAAUUUUGAAGUUGGUAAUUUUUCCGGGGCGACCGUCUACCUAAGUCGCAGCAUAUCUACAUCAUAAGUUGGAUUAUCUUUUCUGUCUCUUGCUCAGUCAGGGUCUGGCCAGUAUGCGUAGGUCACCCCAAUAAGAGGUAGCACCCCGUCGAGUGACUGUACCAAGGCCAGGCCCGCUCUCUUGACUUGUUCCUCCGGAGUACUGCUUUCCACAUCCCCACAUUGCUUGCUCUUGGUGCUUUGGACACAUUCUCAACACCUUGUGAACCCUUGGCCAUUCUUGACCUUGCUCUCACAAUCUAAGCCCGCCCUGACCAUCAGAGUGACUUGUACAGGUUUGUCAACAAACCCAGCUCUCCCUCCUCUCUGCUACGCCGUUCUCAAGAGAGAUUCGCAGAUUCCACCGCCUCGAAAAAUUGUCACCCACUUCGAAUGGUUCGACCCCCCGCCCUGACAUCAUGGACCACUUUGACCACUUCUCGUGGGAGAGCCCUGAGCUGGGUCCGAAGAAAAAGCCCGCCGGGAUUGAGAUGGGACCUGUCGGGAGCUGUUCGGCGCCUGAGGCUGAUGACCAUGCUGAUGGGAGUCUGCCCACAAGGCACAGAAGUUGGAAGGCACGGGCACUUGACUCCUUCAAGGACCGCGUUGGGAGGGUUGAUGAGCGAAUGAACAACUCGGUCGUUGGCCGGGUGUUCAACCUCAAGGGGAGCGGACCUAAGAGUAUUCCCGAUGCCAACUUCUCUACAGAGUUGCGGGCUGGCCUCACUACAUUUGCCACCAUGUCCUACAUCAUUGCCGUCAACGCCUCCAUUCUCGCAGACACGGGGUUCGAUUGCGAAUGCAAAAAACCGCUCGACAACGCGGGCAACUGUGUAAACAACAAGGAGUGGACAACUUGCUACGAAGAGGUCAAGCUGGAUCUUAUCACUGCCACAGCUGCGGUGGCCGCUUUCUCCAGCAUUCUGUUUGGUCUUUUCACCAACCUCCCUGUCUGUCUUGGUCCUGGCAUGGGCUUGAAUGCCUACUUCACUUACCAAGUCGUUGGCGCAAAGGGGACCGGCUCGAUUCCCUAUAAGACUGCUCUCACCGCUGUCUUCAUUGAAGGAUGGAUUUUCAUGUUUCUAGCCCUCACUGGUAUGCGACACUGGCUGGUCAAGAUUAUUCCCGGUACCAUCAAAACGGCCAGUGGUGUUGGCAUCGGUCUGUUUCUCACGCUCAUCGGUAUGUCAUAUUCCUCUGGAAUUGGCAUCAUCACGGGAGCUAUCAGUACACCCUUGGCUAUUGGCGGUUGUCCAGCUAGUUCCUUGGAUCAAUAUGGCGAGUGUACUGGAGAGGUCAUGACCAACCCAAAGAUGUGGAUUGGUAUUUGUCUCGGUGGUCUGUUCGUGGUGUUCCUGAUGGCUUUCAAGGUUCGAGCUUCAAUCGUCAUUGGCAUUGCUUUAGUUUCAAUCCUGUCUUGGCCACGCAACACAGCCGUCACGUACUUCCCCGAUACGGACGAUGGCAACCGUCGCUUCGCAUACUUCCGCCAAAUUGUCGCUUUCCACCCCAUCAAACACACCCUCGGCCAGAUCCAAUGGGACUUGGGUGAAAAAUUCGACACCAAAGUGCUUGUCGCUUUGAUCACCCUCCUCUAUGUGGAUAUCAUCGACUGCACAGCAACACUCUAUUCCAUGGCUCGGUUUUGCAGACGGACAACAGGUAAAGAUAAGGACUUUCCACGCUCAACCACUGCAUUCUGCAUAGACUCGAUUUGUAUCUCGCUCGGGGCGCUCCUCGGAUGCUCACCAGUUACGGCUUUCAUUGAGAGCGGUGCUGGUAUUGCUGAGGGUGGUCGGACUGGGCUGACGGCUGUCACUGCUGGAUUUUGUUUCUUCCUGUGCAUUUUCUUUGCCCCUAUAUUUGCGUCAAUUCCGCCUUGGGCUACUGGAUGUACUCUGAUGCUGGUCGGCUGCCUAAUGAUCCGACAAGUGACCAAAAUCAACUGGGCCUACAUCGGUGACGCAGUCCCUUCAUUCAUCACCCUGGCCUUUAUCCCCUUUACCUACAGUGUAGCCUACGGCCUUCUCGCCGGCAUCUUCUCCUACGCGGGCAUAAACCUCUGCAUCUGGGCUAUCAUCAAACUAUCCCGGGGCACCAUCAUGCCCGAAAACUACGACAUGAAAGAAUACUGGACCUGGCGACCCCCCGGCGAGCGCCCCUGGCUUUUUCGCAAAAUCGGCGAGGCCAUCUUUUGGCUGAGGACCAAGCGCCGAGGUAGGAACUCGACUUUUCAGCUGGGGUCGAAUGAUGGGAGCGGUGGGAGCUCGAGGCAUCGGGUGAGUCCGAAUAACUCGACGGCGGCGGUGGAGGAUAAGAGUACUGCUGCUGCUGCGACGGGGGUGUAG